UCUCGUCAUAUGACUAGGCCACAAAUGGAGUCGUCUACAAGGAAUUGAACGUGCUUCAGGAAUUAUUUAGAAAACAAGGAACGUGAAAUAGCAGGCCGAAUAUGCCACCUACGCUGUUUCACAAGCUUUUUAAUAAAAAAAAUGUUUUUACGCCGCCACCGAAGAGCGACAAGGACGAGUCCGCUUUCAGCAACUGGCCAUCUCCAGAGCUGGAGCCUAGCCAGAUUCGCCUUAUCGUCUACCAAGACUGCGAGAGGCGAGGCCGAAAUAUCCUCUUUGACUCUGAAACUAAAAAGAGAGGCAUGGAAGAAGCCUCAGUCAUGAAGACGUGUAGUGAGUCUCAAGUUAAAAUGUCCAGAAAGUGUUGUCUACUGAGGCCAACAGGAGGAAGUUCCAGCUCUUUGGACAGCAGUUCUUCUUGCGCGUCCGACCCCAUGGAGCCCAAUCGUUUUCAGAGUGCUUCACACUGCUCCUCAGACCCUAAUAUGCUGGGUGAGAUGAUGUUUGGCUCAGUGGCAAUGAGCUACAAAGGGUCUACAUUGAAAAUUCAUCAGAUUCGAUCCCCCCCACAGCUGAUGCUUAGCAAAGUGUUUACAGCACGGACAGGCAGCAGUGUGUAUGGUAGCCUUAAUACGCUGCAAGACAGUUUGGAGUCCAUCAAUCAAGACUCAAGAGCUCUCAGGCCAGAUCAGAACACUGUGGUCAGUGGCUUUCUGGGAAGCAUAGGAUUUUCUCAGCUGUGCAGCCCGCGUCGGGCCUUCUCUGAGCAGGGCCCUCUCCGUCUCAUCAAGAGCGCCUCUUUCUUUUCAGGUCACAGUAACCCUAUGGACAUGCCUGCCCGAGGACCAUACGAUGAGAGAGAGAGUGGCAUUGCAAGAUCAGCAUCUCUGAGUAGUCUGCUGAUUACACCAUUCUCAUCACCUGGCUCUUCCCUUACCAGUAGCUGUGCCAGCAGCUACCAACGCCGCUGGUUACGUAGUCAGACCACAAGCUUGGAAAAUGGAGUCUUUCCCCGAUGGUCAGUAGAGGAGAGCUUUAACUUGUCAGAUGAGGGUAGUGUCCCAAGCCUUGGUGUAGCAAGGAAAAAGAAGAUAGCCAUUGGAGUCAUCUUCCUCCUGUCACCCAACGAAGACGAGAGCAGCAAGUUCCAGGAGUUUUUCUUCUCCCAUUUCCCCCUGUUUGAGAGCCACAUGAACAAACUGAAAAGUUCAAUUGAACAGGCAAUGAAGAUGAGCAGACGGUCAGCUGAUGUUAGUCAGAGAAUCCUGGCUCAAACUCGCAUGGUGGAUAGCCUUAAUGAGUUCAGGAUGACUAUCUGUAAUUUGUACACCAUGCCCCGAAUGCCUGAGCCUGUCUGGCUUACCAUGAUGUCCAGUACAAGUGAGAAGAACCAGCUUUGUGGACACUUCAUGCGAGAGCUUUCCUUACUUAUGGAACAAGCCUCAAAGAAUCAGUUUGUUCCAGCUCUUCUUACAGCUGUCCUUACUAAUCACCUAGCUUGGGUGCCUACAGUCAUGCCCAAUGGCCAGCCACUCAUCAAGAUUUUUCUGGAAAAACAUUCCUCCAAAAGUGUGGACAUGCUGGCCAAGACACAUCCCUACAACCCCCUGUGGGCUCAGCUUGGUGACCUGUAUGGUGCAAUUGGAUCACCAGUGCGCCUCUCUCGCACUGUGCUGAUUGGGAGGCAAAAGGAACUGGUUCAGAGACUCCUCUAUGUGCUCACCUAUUUUAUUCGAUGCUCAGAGCUUUUAGAGACUUAUGAUCUUGAGACUGGAAAUGAUGAGCAGGAUGAGGAGGCUUUUGCUGUGCCUGGAUCAGUUAUAACAACCUCUCUGCGCCGUGGAGAGGUUGAGGAAUCAGAAUAUGUUCUGGUCACUGUCCACAAGCCUAGCCAAGAGGGCAAUGAAACUGGUAUGAAGGCAGAGCAGCAAAUGGAGCACAUUAUGCCCGUAAUGAUCACUCAGGAUCAGGGUGAUGGUCAGAUCUGCCAGAAGGUUGGCAGCCCGUUAGUUAGCCCAUUAACAGAGACUGUGGUGAAGGUGGGCACUGCCUCGCUGGUUACCAAUACCCCUCUGCUAGAUGUACAGGGACAACCGGAUAUGUGUGAUUCUGAUAUGGUGCCCAGUUCGUUGCCUGUAAAGAUUGUUCGGUCUUCAACAAUCCCACUGGAAAAGAAGCCACCUGAUAAAAGUACAUCACUGGACUGUCACCUUCUGGAUGAGGAAGAGGAGGAGCCUGGGACUAAAGUGACUUUCCUUAUUGGUGAGUCCAUGUCACCAGAGUCGGACACAGAGAGCCAAAGGCACAGGGUUGAAGAUGAGCUCAAGAAACACAAAAUGCAUUUUAGUGAAAAACCAAAGCAGCAGUGUAGUACUGUGCUGACUAAGCAUCUGUUAAGGGACCAAAAAAAAAGCAAGGAUGCUAACACCGUGUCAUACAGCAGUCUUCCUUGCAUUACUUCAGGGGCCCAGGAGGAGUGCAUAGACCUGUUUGAUGAGUAUUUCAGUGAUGGCAACACUGUGGAAACGAGGACUAUUGAUCAUGUUUCCAAACCAUCUUCUCAGGAGGUUGCAGGUACUGAGAAACAUAAUCUGCAGGAAACUUUGAUGGAAUCCCUAGUUAGGACAUAUGAACCAGUUUGUCAGCAAAGGCAGCAGGCACCAUGUAAAUGUUGCACACACCCCAUUACCACAGACUGCUAUACGAAAUGUUGUCCUGUUGAGCAGGACAAAAGCAUUUCAAUCAGUGUACCAAGCCUAGAGAAAGAGAGAGAGCAGAAGAAGUUAUUCCCACUAAAUGAGUGGGAGAUUCCACGAAAUGAGAGUUCAGACAGCGCACUGGGUGACAGCGAAAGUGAGGACACAGGACAGGAAAUGCCUAGACAAGAACAAGAUGCACAAUUCUUCAGUGAAACUCCAACUGACUGGCAAGAAGAGAUGGAAGUACCAUUCCCUGAGGCAAAGCUGGCAGAAAAUUACUCCAAAUCAAGCAUUGCUAACUUUGGAAGAUCGUUGUUUGGCAGUUAUUGUCCUACUUAUGUACCUGACUUUGUUCUCCAUGGAAUUCCCAAUGACAACAAACUGAGGCAAAGCCUUGUGUCUGACUUAGCUCAUGCAGUCCAGCAUCCUGUUUUGGAUGAGCCUGUAGCUGAGGCUGUCUGCAUUAUUGCAGAUACAGACAGGUGGACAGUACAGGUGGCCAGUAGUCAGAGACCCAGCGCAGAGAAUAAGCUUGGAAAAGACGUGCUGGUAUCAAACCUUGUGUCCAACCUGCUACACUCCACUUACCAGCUUUACCGUCUCAACCUGUCUCCCAAUUUUUGCAUAAUGCAUCUAGAGGACCGGCUCCAGGAGCUCUAUUUCAAAAGCAAGAUGCUUGCUGAAUACCUGAAAGGACAAACAAGGGUGCAUGUCAAAGAGCUAGGCAAGGUUCUAGGAAUAGAGUCAAGUGACCUGCCCUUGUUGGCAGCAAUUGCAAGCACUCACUCACCAUAUGUGGCCCAGAUCCUGCUGUAGAAGACAUGGAGAUGUAUGGAAAUGUCGCCACUCCCUGAUAGCAGAUGCAGUUUUGGUUCCUUUAGGGCACCUUUUAGUCUGUUUUCUGAAUCAGAGUGAAAUUUAUACUUUCGGUUCAUUUGCUGUUUGAUUUAAUUUAAACAAAAAUGCAACAAAAAAAAUGGCUGAUGGGUUUGCAGGAAUAUAAAAUUCAUUGAUUAGAAAUACGAGAAUUAAAAAAAAGUUGAACAAUAAGUGUAAAGGAAUCACAAAUAUCAGCCAAGCACAGAUAACUUAGUGCUAAAAAAAGAUUAGAUAUUUCUAUUUAUAACCAUUUUAAAACAUAAAGCAUAUUGCACCCAGCACCUCUUGUAUUUCAUAAUGUUUUUGUCAGUCAGUUCAAAUAUUACAGAAUAUACUGCAUUUCUGCAGUGCUAAAAGGCUGUCACUAGGCUCAGUUUGCAUCUCAGUGUUCAUUGUGGUCUAAAAACCUGAUCACUGUGGAACUAAAAAGGGUUUGAUAUGAAGUGAUACAACUCUGAAUAUGUGAAAGCAACUCUAAGGGCUUUCGAAACAUUUUGAGGAAUUGAAGCCAGUUCAGCUAGUAAAUUCCAGUAAAUGACUGGAAAUGUCCGGAAGGUUCAAUUUCAAAGUCCAUAGUCUUUAAUGUUAUAUAUUUUUCUUUAUGUAAACUAUACUUAUGUUAGACCUUUCCCUGGAAUAGAACACAUGCAAAAAACAAAAAUACAAGAGACAACAAGAUGAUUCACAGAAAAGCAUUAUUAUGUAUAUAUAAGACUUUUGCAUGUGGAUCUUGAUCAGUUUAUUUAGAUUCAUAUUAUUUUUAAUUAAACUUCUCAGAAAUCUGAAAAUAUUUUAUUUGUUUACUAUAUUAAUCGCAGUCUCGGUGUUAGUCAGCAAAAGAGGUGGAGAAACUCAUUGGUACAGUACUACCUCAAAUAACUGCAGGUAAUUUGCACAUAGCAUUUUUACUGGCUAGGGGAAGUCAUAUUCUUCCAUUCAGGUAGACAAUAUAUAUAAAUAAAAAAGAAAUGCUGUGAUGUAUUACUAAGGGAUUUAUAUACUAUAUUUGCAUUUAAAAGUAAAGUGCUGGGAUGUCAUACAAUACAUUUUCUUCAGCUUUGCAACCACUGCACUAUGUUUACCUCUGAAGAAACAAAUAGCAAAUAUAGUAUAUGGCCAAAAGUGAUGAUAAAUGUUUGAUAAUCAGGUUUCCAUGCACUUUUAAUCAUGCUAUGCCUCGGCAGCCCAAAAAGUCCCACAAAAAAGGUGAUAAAGAGCUUAUAAAAUAAAUUUUAUAAAAAAGUAAAAGAAUAAAUGUUUUAGUUUUUUAUAUUUUUCCCCUUAAUGAAGGCCAUGCAUCAGAGUCUUAACUUAAUAUAACAUCAUAAGAAUAGACUUUGCCUGGGUUAUUGUAUUUUACAAGUUAAAAACAGUGAAAGAGAUGAAUUUAUUGUUUGUCUUUUUGAAUGUGUAUUUAUAUCUAAUUAUUUCUAUGUGAUCAAAUUUAAAUUAAUUAGCACAGCAUGUUUUGGUUCACAUAAAUUGUAUAUAUUGCCUAGGUUUCCAUCAUGCACUUGUACAUAUCUUUUGUUAUGGCCUUUCUUUAUUUUAUUCUUUCCCAAUUUUAUGGGAGUAUUGUGCAAUAAAAGUUAAGGUUAAGCAUUUA